UGUCACUUAAACCCGGAAGAGCGAGGCAGUACGUGGCUUUACCAUCGUAGACCUUAGAGGUAGCAGCUCCGCUUCACUCGAAAUGGAACUUGAGGCGAUGACAAGAUACACCAGUCCGGUGAACCCGGCUGUGUUCCCCCACCUCACAGUGGUCUUGUUGGCCAUCGGCAUGUUCUUCACCGCUUGGUUCUUCGUCUAUGAGGUAACUUCAACCAAAUACACCAGAGACGUCUACAAGGAGUUGCUCAUCUCACUGGUGGCUUCGCUUUUUAUGGGCUUCGGUGUGCUCUUCUUGCUCCUGUGGGUUGGCAUCUACGUAUGAAGGUAGAUGACUUUAAAGAUGACGCAUUCCAGUGGGACAGACAUACACACGCGUAACUGGCUUCUCAAGUAUGAUUGGAUGCACUGACAAUAUUUUGAAUUGUUUUCACAAUAAAUGGGGGGUUUGUACAA